AUGCCUCAACUUAUCUGGCUAGUAACAGCGACUACUUCAGGCCUUGGUGCCGCUAUCGUACAUAAUAUCACCAAGAGAGGUGACCGAGUCAUUGCGACAGGUCGUGGAGUAACUGAGCGCCUUAAACAUCUUCAAUCAGACGACGUCUUCCUCCUAGAUCUUGACGUCACAGCACCUCGCGCUGAGAUCGCCGACCAGAUAAAGAAAGCUUGGAACGUGUGGGGACGUAUUGAUGUUCUGUUGAACAAUGCUGGCAUCUCUGCACCCAAGAGUGUUGAAGAAGCUGACGACGACUUUGUUCGCAAUAUCUUCGACGUCAAUCUGUUUGGGACACUACACGUCACCCAAGCAAUUCUUCCCUAUUUCAGAGAACAAAAGAGUGGCACCAUUGCCUUUAUUGGUGCUGGUGUUGGUUGGGGACCUCUGCCCUUCUUGUCCCAUUACGCAGCUUCAAAAGCUGCUCUUGGCGCCUUUGUUGAAGGCUUAGCCAAAGAAGUGAGACGUUUCAAUGUUCGUUGUAUCAUCUUCGAACCAGGUGGUUUCCCAUCUCAGCUCGGCCAACCAAGAGAAGGAUCCGUUGAAGGGUUUGGAAAGUACAAACCGGCCAUCGAUGCUUACAAUCCCGGUUUUGAGGAGAUGAUGGAUGUCUUCGCCAACGAUAUUGCUCCCAAAGUUCCAGGGGAUAUCAGCAAGCUGUCAGAGCGUAUUGUGGACUGUGUCAAAGUCGAAGGGAUAAGUGCUGGGAGAGAUGAGCCUGUAAGAGUCAUCUUGGGAAGUGACGCAUUACGGCUGAUAGAGCAGAAGUGCAAAGAGCAACUAGAACUUGCCAGCAGCUGGGAGGAUGUCAGUUUAAGUACGGACCGGGAUGGGCAUGAUCAUGUGGCAAGUAAAGGUAUGUUGCGUUAUUCAUCUAUUCUUUAA